CAUUUUCUCCAAAAAAUUCAAAGCUAAUUAGCAAGACAACAUCGUAUCUUAGCUGUGAGGAGCGAAAAAUAGCCACCAUCCUUAAGAACAAACUUCAAGUUCAAUUACAUCCAUCCAAUCUCCGAUUAACCUAAACAUAGAAAGAUUUACAACAGAUGAUCGAUCGCCUUAUAUAUACAUGUAUGUAUACCCCAUGGCUCCCAAGAAUCUAAAGCACACUGCGAGGGGAGAAACACAACCUCCCCAAAACAUCAUAAACCCUAAACACCUAUUUUUUCAAGCAAACUUUUCGCUCGGGAAAUCGAGCCAUGGCAUUAAGUUUGAAAGCCCUAUUGACAUUGGUGGUGGUGGUUGUGCUGCUGCAGCCUUGGAGUCAUGUUUAUGCGCGACGUCCAAGGUUCGUGGGUGGUCCGUGGAAGAAUGCUCAUGCCACCUUUUAUGGUGCAGGCGAUGGCACCGGAAGAACCGGAGCUUGUGGGUACGGAGGAACAAACCAAGACUUGAAAUUCCAGACGACAGCAUUGAGCAAUGCUCUGUUCAUCAAUGGCCAGGGCUGCGGAUCAUGUUAUGAACUAAAAUGCGACGGUGAUGUGAGCUCGUGCAAGGUGGGGCAGCCGUCGAUCUUUGUGACGGCCACUGACCAGUGCCCGCCAGGAGGAUGGUGCAAUCCACCGCUUGAGCAUUUUGAUUUGGCCGAGCCUGCUUUCCUUCAAAUUGCCGAGUACAAAGCUGGCAUUGUUCCUGUUCAGUACAGGAGAGUUCCAUGCCAGAGGCAAGGAGGAGUCAGAUUCACCAUAGAAGGCAACCCAAACUUCAACUUGGUGACAGUGUGGAAUGUUGGAGGAGCCGGAGAUAUCACCAACGUUCAGGUGAAGGGCAACGAUGAGGUCAACUGGAUACCACUGAGGCGCAACUGGGGCCAGAAGUGGGAGACCGAUGCCACAUUGGUCGGAAAGGCAUUGUCUUUCCGAGUCACCACAAGCGAUGGGAGGAGCUCAGUUUCACGGCGUGUCACACCACAAAAUUGGCAAUUUGGUCAGAGCUACGAAGGGAAGAACUUCAGAUAGAAAACACGGAGUUCAUGUACCUUAUCCUGGAGGCUUUAUUUCUACCUGUUUUCCUGAACAAUGUCCUGAUGAUUCUUUGUAAAGCUUAUACGCUUCUCGAACAGAUUAACAUAAAUGCCAACUAAGUAUUGAUAUUGAGUA